GCCAAAUCUUUUAAAAGCAUUUUGUGACUAGAACGAAUUCUACUAGGGGCCUACUAGAAAGUGGCACAGAGAUUGCACUUCAAAUUAUUAGUCUUUUAAAGUCGUUGAAAGUCACAUCAUGGCCCUGACUCGAGGAAUCUUCAUUGUCGGUGCCAAGCGCACUCCUUUUGGUACCUUUGGUGGUGUUCUAAAGGAUAAGACUGGUACAGACCUUGCUGAAGUGGCGGCCAAGGCGGCGCUAGCAUCGGGCAACAUCAACCCUGAAAUCAUAGAUACCACUGUCAUUGGAAAUGUGGCACAGACAUCGCCAGAUGCUGCUUACACCGCCAGGCACGUUGCACUCCGCUGUGGGGUACCCAUGUCGAAGCCCGCCCUCACUGUUAACAGACUGUGUGGGUCCGGGUUCACUUCGAUAGUAACAGCUACGCAGGAGAUAUUGGCCGGUGAUGCCGAGGUCGCUCUGACCGGGGGAACAGAGAAUAUGAGCAUGGCUCCCUACACCCUGAGAGGGGCAAGGUUUGGCACCAAACUCGGCGAAGAUCAGAAGCUUGAGGAUACCCUAUGGGCGACCCUCACUGACGCACACAUCAAGACGCCCAUGGGCAUCACGGCAGAAACACUUGGAGCCAAGUAUGAGGUCACGAGAGAAGAUUGCGACGAGUUUGCUUUACUUGGCCAACAGAGGUGGGCUGAAGCCAAUAAGGCAGGGAUCUUUGACGCUGAAUUGGCACCCAUCGAGCUCGCCACCAAGAAAGGACCAAAAUCGGUGACCACCGACGAACACCCUCGCGAGACCACCAUGGCUCAGCUCGCAAAGUUACCGCCGGUUUUCAAGAAGAACGGUCUGGUCUCGGCAGGGAAUGCCUCGGGUAUCUGUGACGGAGCAGGAGCGGUGAUCCUAGCCAGCGAGGAAGCAGUUACCAAGCACAACCUCACACCACUAGCCAGGCUAGUCAGUUACAACGUUGCCGGCUGCGACCCUAGCAUCAUGGGUAUAGGACCGGUAUAUGCCGUAAGGAGUGCCUUGGAGAAAGCCGGCCUGACGCUCGAUGAUAUGGACCUUGUAGAGGUCAACGAGGCCUUUGCAGCACAGUUCAUCGCAGUGGAGCGUGAGCUGGGCUUGGAUCGGCAGAAGACCAACGUCAACGGGGGCGCAAUCGCUCUGGGUCAUCCCGUCGGGGCCUCUGGUUCGAGAAUCACAGCACAUCUUGUCCAUGAGCUAAGACGGAGAGGCAAUAAAUACGGUGUUGGUUCAGCGUGUAUCGGUGGCGGACAAGGUAUCGCUGUCAUUCUAGAAAGCCUGCAAUAAUAGCCUCUGUCUUCAGCAACAACCUCUAGACCAAACCAUGCAUUUCCACAACAAUUACAAACUCUACAUAGUAUAGUAUACAAAUAUACCAAGUUUUGAGUAAGUAUAGCGAGAAUUAUCUUCCGAGGUUCGACUGGCAUUACUAAUACAAAAUAGUAAUUUGGCCAGUACAAUGGAGGAUAAAUAAUUCCCUCUAUAUUUCGAAACAAAGGCCUGGUAUAUUUGUUUUAUAUCCUACAUUUAAUAAGGUAGAACAAUAGUCUAUCUACACUCUUGUACAUGUAGUGUCUGAACUUAAAUAUAGACAACGCGCUGCGCCGUCCGGUAGAGUCAACUCGCUGACUGGUGCGCCCGAGAGAUUGCAUGAUCUGUGACGUCAAUGAUGGAAUAGUCGACUUUUCCAUCAUUGACGUCACGGAAUAGCACAUUUUCUUCGGUGGGCGUUUCAUUUUGGACAUCAUUGCAAAAUAGUGAGAAUAUGUUUGGUCACAUGAUGCUAUUUAAGCCAAUCAGCAUACAAGAUUUAAUUUAUGUAGGAUAUAAUAAAUAAUAAUUUUGUUAUUCAUAAUACGCAUAAGACAUGCAUUGUACGUAUCUAAGGCUUAGAGAUUUAUUAUUACUCUGGUCAUCGGAUUCAAUUAGUCGUUCCCGCACUCAAUGUAUGCACAUCCUCCACUCCCUGGGGAGUAUUCCAGCCAGUUGCCAAUGAGGUGCAUACAGUACUGGACAAGCGACCGUGACGUUCACAUCCUUCUGGGUACCCAUUUAGCACUUGCGUGGAGAGUGGCAAAGUGUGGAUUGAUGCCUUUCCAAAGGAUGCUAGGCCGUGAUGGGAUUUGAACACACAACCCUCUGACUUAGAACUACUAUGCCACUUCACUUUCAGAGAAGCAAUAUUUAUAGUUUUGUUCUUAAAAAGGAAUCCAACCCAAAUGAUGAGUUGUCUUUAGAGGAAACGGCAAAAUCAGACAAAUAGAUAGGUGAAAUUGUGAACAAUAUAUGAUAAACAAUAAGAAAGUUAUGAAUUUUUUAAAGUUGUCCAAAGUUGUAAUCACUACUAUAUACGUGGAGACUUCAAAUUGUGAUUUGAAGUGGGGACUUGUAUUCUGGUUGCUCCAGUACACAAAAUGGUUAAAAUGUAAGAUUUUUUUUUCUUCAAAAGUUUCACUUCAAAUUAUAUGUGUAAAUAAUUGAUUACUGCCCCAUGUGAAUUGGCACUUAUGUGAAAAUCUCUUAUAAUUUAGUAGAGUCUAUGGGAAAAGUUGUCAGUACCACUUGCUAGAAUUUAUCUACCCAGUUACCAAAAAUGCAAGUGAUCUCCUUUUUAAAACAGCCAUAACUGUCUAAUACCUUGUCCGAUUUCUUUCAAACUUUCACCAUGCUAUUUUUCUGAUUUUUUUCCUCCUUGCAAACAAAUUUAUUGACAAAGGUUGGAUUCUCACAGGGGUUGUCAUAUUUGAUGCUUUUGCCUGCGUAGCCUGUAUAUGCAGACAUCCAAAAGGUUGUUUCCGUGAAUUCUGUGAAAUCGCGGAAAAUCACUGUCGUGUCCCUACAUAAUAGCGGGUAUUAUCAACGAGAUAAAGCCGUUUCCUCAUUAAAUAAUUAGAUAUUGUUUUGUUAACAAUACAACAUUUUUUUUUUAUUUGAAGAAUUCAAUUUCUUUAUACUUUGAUUCUGUAAGGCGAUUCCCAAUAUCAAGUAUGGAAUGCUUGAAGUUGAUAUCAUUGAAUAGAAUUAAAUGAGAAAAUGGCUUGCCAUAAUUCAUUGACAAACAUGCUAAGCUUAAACCUGUGACAGCCCUUUAACAUUGGCUUGACAUCCAGUAAAUGAUGUGCUAUCUCCUAUAUUAAUCUUAUUCUUGGUCAAUUUUUAUCCUUCAGAAGCGUGAAUGUCAGGUUCUUUAUGAAUUAAAAGUGUAAUGAAAUGUAUUCAAAAUACCUUUAACUCUCAGGAUUAUUUUGGAGUUUCAGAAAUUCCUUCCAAAUCAAUUCUAUUAUUGUCUAUUUCUUCUGUUCAAUGUCUGUUCUGUUAAGUUAUAUAUAUUGUUGAAAUCCAGAUUUAUUUAACUUUUUUUAUGAAUCUCAUGAAAAUCCAUUUAGGCAGUGGAGAUUCAUGUCUUCUGGAUCGUGACGUUAAAGGUCAAUCCCAGACGUAAAUAACCAUAUUUGAUUGAUUUGAUUUGUAAAAACUCGAAUACAGGGUCAUAAAGUUAAUUUGAUAUUGAUUCAACAAUAUUUCUCAAACAAAUAUCAUGUCAAAACGCACGCAUGCAUAUCAAUUUCUUUUGACAAUGGCAGCUGAGGACAAGUCAGCACAAAAACUGUUUCAUACAAAAUUAGUGAAUGUGUUAUUGCCUAAAUUUCAAUUGAUUAAUACCGUGUUUACACGCUGCAUCAGCUUUUUUGUUGCGUGUAAACGUGAUUAACUUGCAUCGGCUCUCGGUGCAGAAUCUGCAACUUUGCACCACCAAAGUAGUAGGUUCAGAUGCAGAAUCGGCUUUUUUUUUACACGUAAACAGAAAGCAAAUCCUGCAUCGGCAAUUAGCGCGCAUUUCAUUUACUUUACCAUUAUGACGUACUUGUAAGUGCACGGAUCUAGCGUUGUCUUUAUUAUGACGUAUAUUGUUGGUGCGCCGAUCAUUUCAGGUUUUUGCCACGCGAGCCGAUUCUGCACCACGAGCUGUGACAGCAUGUAAACGCGGUUCAAGAUGAACCAACAGCCGAUUCUGCAUCGGCUUUUGGUUCUGAACCAAAAGCCGAUCACAUGUAAACACGGUAUAACAGAAAAGAUUUCUUGGAAGGGUCAGGCCCCAUUCCAACCCCCUUCCCUCCCUUCUGAAUCAGUAUUGCAUAGGAAAUGGUCGGAUAUCAAAUUUAAAUUCUGUGUAUUGAAAGAGAUAUAUUACUAUUACAACAUGUUAAACAUGUGUAGUUAUGAAAUGAAUACAAUUAAAUUCAUGAAAGUUAAAUAAUAUAUAA